UGCAAAUUUCACAUUUUUGAAGAAUAAAAUGCGACGCUCGCAGGCUCCGUCUGUGCGUAGGGCAGCCAAGCGCGGAUAUCAAGAAAUGGAGCCGCCAGCUGCUUGGCCCGCCGCCGAACCGACCAUGGAAUGGGGCACCGCCAAGGGCUACGAAAGCCAGGGACCGCGGGAGCUGAAAAUCGGCGAAAACCCACUGAAGGACAGCCGCAUCUUUCACGUGCUCUGGCGGAAUCAGACCAACAAAAAGCACAAAAUUUGGACCGGCAAUGGUACCCUGGUGAUAACCGAAUCGAAGGCCACAUUGAAAGAUGAUACAGGAAAGGUUGUGGACAGCAUGACAUGCUUCCGACAAAGAAACUUCAAGGAAAACGAUCAGCUGCAGAUUGGCAACAAGGAUGUAGAGCUGCAAGAUGAGUUCAAGACCAUCGAGGAGUGCAUUGCCUAUCGAAAACUGGAAAUUGCAAAUUGGUGUGCAAAAAUUGAUGCACUAAACGGCCAUGUAGCCACUCCUACGGUGCCCAGCGAUGCCAGGAGACCCUUCAGGGCCUCGCUGCCGAGUAACACCGAAUCCACAGCUUCCACGUUUACCCAAGUCGGGGGUAGUGGCCAUAUUGAGCCCACCAAACCCAUAAGGACAUCCCUACUCAAGAGGGGCAAUGCCCCAGCUGCCACUCACACACAAGUUGAGUACAUUUGCUUUCUGGAACCCGCAGAACUUCAAGAUAAAGCUCUCCAGUUCCUCUGUGAGCUCAGCCAAAGCUCCGAUAUGGAGAUCGAUGUCAUCGCUGAAAUGGCCAAACACAUUUGCGAUCAUCCUGUGCUGCUGAAAACCAGAGCUCUUGAGCUGCAAAACUGUAAGGCGGUGCAGUUGCUGUUGCUCCAGCUGCCGCCCUGGCAGGAAAUGGGACUCUACGACUCGGCCAAAUUUGAGUUUGUGUAUCUAAUGCUGGAUGACUUGGCGGUGGCACGCGGCCAGAAAUGCUGCGUUCUGGCCAACAGUCAGGACUGUCUGGAGCUGAUCAAAGGCUACUGUCGAUCUUAUGAUAUCUCGCACAUGCAGCUGGAUAAAGCCUGCGAUGUGGCAUCGUUUAACUCUACGGAGGAUCAGGCGCCAAUGAUUGCAUUGGUAUUGGCCAGUCGUUUAACAGAGAUCCAUUCGCUUCGCUGUAAAUAUCUCAUAAUUUACAAUCAUGAAGCCAAAUCGAAGGCCGAACAGCUAUUGGCGGCAAACGAAAUGGACACAAAAGUCUAUACACUGAUUACCUCUGGAGGAUGCCCAGAGGAAAUGGAGUUCCACAGAAGCCUACAGUUAAUCCCUGGUGGAGAUCACCAGCUUGGCGACCUUCAUGACACAGCAAAGAAUAAAUUUUCCUUCAUGCAGGCACUGGCCGACUGGACCAAUGUAGAGCCCCCUUACAGCCAAGACUUUCUCGAGGAUGCGUCUCUCAGCAAUAAUCUAGAGAGCCUCAGUCGCAUUUUCAUAAAGAAAAACAUAAAUGUAAAGUAAAUGAAACUUAAAACAUGAAGUUUGGGAACUCACGUUGUUGUUGAACAACUUUUUGGAUGCUUUCUGCAUUGUUUUGGUUGAAUACAGAUAUUCUGUAAAUAAUGGAAGGUAGGGCCUUGCCUUGCCGUGUAAAAAUAUAAUGAUAGUUGUCUGUUGACGCCCCUUAAUAGAAUAUAGGAUUAA